AUGGAACUAAUAAAACAAGAAAUAGAUAAAUAAUAAAAAUAAACAAAGGAAGUAGAUUUAAUAGAUUUUAUUUACAUAUUAUUGACAAAUUUAGAACACAAAUAGGAAGAAACUUUCUAUUAUAUAAUAUCAAUAAUAGAUUUAUUCAAAAAAAUAACUGAAACAAGCAAGAGUUCAUUUACUCAUAUAAAUUUUAAUUAAUUAACUGACUAUAUUUGUGAAGUAAAAAUAUAUAUAUAUUUAGUAACAACAACAAAAAUAAAAAAAAACAUUUGUCCUUAAAAAAAAUAUAACAAUAAUUCAAAAAUUCGAAAAAUAGAUAUAAAUCCUCCUCUUAUAUAUGGAAAAACAGAAGAAGGAAUUAAAAGAUUAAACCUAAAUUCUUUAAAAGCAGAUUCAUAUCGACAUAAUAAUAAUAGUAUUACAAAAGGUGUUUAUGUAUAAGAUAUUUAAAGAAUACUUAUUUUAGAUUAUUUAUGUAGUUAUAUUAGUUUAUAUAAAUUAAAUAUGAAAUAUGAUCAUAAUGUGCCUAUUAAGUAAAAUAAAGAAAACGAUAUAAUCCUUUAUUUUGCAUAUUCAUAAAUUGAAUAAAGAAUUGGUGCAUGCUUAUAAAAUUUAUGUUUAUAGUUUUGGGAUUGUAGAGGUGAUUAUAAGUUUAGUAAAAUAUUUGAUAUACAUAAAUUAGUAAAUGUUGUCUAAAAUAAGAUAUUUUAUAUAGAAAGUUUCAAAAUAUGGAUUACUACUGAUUCUUUAUAUCAUAUAAAUGUAUGGAAUAUAGAAAAAGAAGUUUUAAGUUUUUAAUUAAAUAAUAAUAAAAAAGUUAUAGAAGGAGAAAUAAUCGAUAUAAUAGAUAUAAUUCAUUUAAAAUUAAUAGGAGUUGCCUCUUUAGAUAAAAAAAUAAGUAUAUGGGAUUUUAAUAAAUAAAUUUAGGUUUAAAUUAUAUCUCUUGAUAAUUCAGGAAUCCAUCAUUUAGUGUAUUUUUACUCCUUUUAAGUACUUUUAAGUUGUGGAUUUGGUAAUAAUAUUUUGGUACAUAAGAUAAACCCAAUCUAUUUUGACCAUGAUAUAUAAGGUAAUCUAAUCGGACAUUAAAGUGUAGUUACUGCAGUUUAGGUUAUUGAAAAAAGCCCUAUGAUUGUUAGUGGAGACUAUUUGGGGUAUGUGAAAAUUUGGGAUUUGAGAAGUUUAAAGUGUAUACAAAGCGUUAAUUUAGGGGAAAAGAGUAUUAUUUAGGACAUUAUUUAUAUUGAAUAGGAAAAUAUGAUUUGUAUAGUAGGAAACAGAUUAAAUUUUAUAUAUUUUGAUUAUGGAAUAAAAUAAUAAUAAUAAGAAAAUUGUGUAUUUCCAAUUAAAGUUGAAGUUAAUUUAGAAAAAGAAGAAAUUUUAGUCUGUACUAGAAAAGAUUUGAGGUUUUUUUGCCUUAAUAGUGGUAAACUAAAAUAUUAGUUUAAUGGACUAUUGGAUAAUUAAGACGAUGAAAUUAGUUGUUUUUAAAGUUUUGAGUAAUAUCAGAAAUUUGCUUUGAGUGAUUAAAAAGGGAAUAUUUAAAUUCAUAGUUUUAUAAAUGGGAAAAAAGAGAAAAGUUUAAUUGGAUGUGUUGUGGAGAUUUCGGGUUUAAAAUUUGAUUUUUUAAAUAAACUUUUUAUAAGCUCUUCCUUUGAUGGUAAGAUUUUUAUUUAAAAUGAAAAUGAGUUUAAGAGGUAAAUUUUAAAUGUUUUCUAUAAAAAGGAAAUUCAUCUUUUGGAAAUCUCUGUUUAUCAUAAUUUAAUUGUAGUCUGUAAUUUCCAUAAUAAUAAUAUUUAUAUUUUUAAUUAUGAGUAUUGUAAACUCGUAUCUUGUAUAUAAGUAGAAGGAAGCCCAAGUAGUUUAUAAUUUAUAAAUAGAUUUGAAAUACUUAUUAUAAGUACAUCAAAUGGAAAGAUUUACUUAUUAAAAUUUGAGUAAAAUGAAUUAAAAAUCUAGUUUUAGUUAUUAGAUUAUUUAUCGUUUUUUAAAGAAAAAGAAGAAGAAGAAAACUCAAAUAAAAAAAUUUCAAUUGAAUCAAAAAAACUUCAAAAUUGUAUUAUUUAUGCUUGUACUAAUAAAGGGAAUAUUUUUAUAAUUGAUUGUCAGAAUUUGUUUAAAAUUCAUCAUUUUUUUUAAAAAGAACAUGUCAAUUAGAAAUAAAAUUAUAAUCCUUAGAGGACAUUAACCGAAGAUUUUUAAGUACAAAUAGACUAGGCUUAGUUCGAGAAAUUAAAACUGUAUAAAAUUAAACGAUAGAAUAAUCUUUUGAAUAUAUAAUAAUAAUUUAAAGCACAUUAGGAUUCUAUUAUAGGGAUCGAUAGUACUUUUUUAGGCAAGAAGUGUAUAUUUAGUAGUUCUUUGGAUUCUUAUGUUAAGUUUUGGAAGAUUGAUGGAUUAUAAUUAGUCGCAAGUUUAAAAUUAAGUCAUCCUUUACCCAUAUUAUGGAAUAUAAAUGUAGAAAAAGAGACUUUAAUGAAAAAAAAAAUACUCUAUGGAAUAAAAAUAUGGAAAAUUUUAGGAGAAAAAAAGGAUAAAUAUUUUAAAAUUAUUGGAAAUUUUGAUUUUUUAAUGAAAAAAAAAAAGAAAAUAUAGAUUUUUAAGAAAAAAAUACAAAAAAAUAAUAAGAAAAUGAAAAAAUUUUAAUGA